AUGCCGCGAAAGGAUGAUUCGCUCCAGAGUUCACAUCGUAAAGGGUGCGAGGUUUCUGCAACCGGUGUCUUCAGUUACAGCACUUUCCAGACGACCGAUAUCAAUGUCGAGAACAAAUUUGCCACAGAAGUGAGCGCCAAAGAGCUCAGAGGACCACUAGGUCUGAUUCUUCUGUUUUCUCCAGAACAACCUCUAAUCGAUUUGAUAUUUGUUCAUGGUCUCGGGGGCGGUUCCAGAAAGACGUGGAGCAAAACAGCUUCCGCUUCACAUUACUGGCCAAAGGAAUGGCUUCCUAGGGAUCCCGCGUUCAAGAAUGUCCGAGUGCACAGUUUCGGCAUGGGGGGCCUGGUCAUCAAAAAGGCGUUUUUGUUGGCAAAGCAAGAUGCGAUAGAUCGCUAUCUGAUCAAAAGAAUUCAUGCCAUGUACUUUCUCGCGACACCUCACCGAGGCUCUGAUUCUGCCAAGCUUUUAAGCAAUCUCCUCAACAUCGCCUACUCGUCGCGGGCCUAUGUCUCCGACCUGAAGCGCGAAUCUGACGCUAUAAAAUCAAUUAAUGACGAAUUUAGUAGAUAUUCGGAAGAUGUGGAUCUGUGGUCAUUCUACGAGACACAAAAGCUCAGCAUAGGUCUCCUUCGUGUGCUGAUUGUUGACCCCGACUCGGCUACACUCGGAUAUCCCAAAGAGAGACGAAUACCGUUGAACGCUGAUCAUCGGUCCAUAUGUAAGUUCGAAGCGCCAACCGAUCCAAAUUAUAUACUCAUUCGCAAUGCACUCGCGGUCACAAUCAACAGUGCCGCGGAAUCAGCGCAGAAAUCGAAGGAGAGGCUACUUCGUAGCGACAUCAACGACCUGAGUGAAUACCUCGACGUGUCUGACAAAUUUGAGGACGACUUGAUACUUGUUCAGGCUGUUCGCUUGCCUGGGACAUGCGAAUGGAUAAAAUCGAAGGAAAGCUACCUAGAGUGGCAAGACAACGACCUCAACGCUGCGCGUGUGCUUUGGCUCUACGGGAAACCUGCAUCUGGCAAGUCCGUACUUUCAGGAUACCUGGUUUCUUUGUUACGCACGGAGCAUGACGCUUGUAGUUUCUUCUUUUUCAAACACGGGGACAGGUCCAAGUCACAGCUUAGUACUUGCCUUCGAUCUCUUGCUUUUCAAAUGGCUUGCGUAAACACAGAGAUACGGCAACUACUGAUUGAAAUGCGUAAAAGGGGUGUAAAGCUCGACGGUGACGACGAUCGUAUCCUCUGGAGAAGAUUAUUUACCUCAGGGAUCUUCAAAACAAACUUCCAGCGACACUAUUGGGUCAUUGAUGCUCUCGACGAGUGUGCAGACCUAGUAUCCUUCUUCGAAAUUGUGCUUACCAGGCUUGAUCGCUCGGUCCCGCUGAGGAUUCUUGUCACAAGCCGACAAACGUCGGAAAUCGAAAGGCGUCUUGCAAUAUUGGGACAUGACCAAGUCCGAGCGCAGCUUAUUUCGACGGCGGACACAAAAGAAGAUAUUGAAUCGCUUGUUCGAGCGAGAGCUAAUGCCCUCAUCGUCGAAUCCGAAGCUGAUCGUGCUGCUCUUGCAGAAAGAAUUUUAGGAAAGUCUGAAGGAUCUUGGCUCUGGACUGUCUUGGUUCUCAAUGAGUUAUCCGAUUCGCAUUCGGAGGAGGAGAUCCGCCAGGUACUCGCGGAAGUGCCCAAAGGCAUGGAAGAUCUUUAUUUGAGAACACUGGACUUGAUGUCGCAAGCUAGACGUGGGAAGAGGCUGGUUAAAGCUAUCUUGACUUGGGCCACAAGUGUGACGCGACCACUAACUGUGACAGAACUUGAAGAAGCUUUGAAAUUAGAUGUUAACGAUAUAUUCCCCAGAUUGCGGGAAAGUAUAAGUGCACUGUGCGGGCAGCUGGUGGCCAUUGAUAAGUUCGACAGAGUCCAGAUGGUGCAUGAAACUGCUAGGGAGUUUCUGUUGAACAACAGCUUGAAUUCAGAGUUCGCGAUUGAUCAAGCCGAUGCUCAUACGCGUAUCGCAAGAGCUUGUCUUGCAUACCUUGCAGGGGAGGAGAUGAGACCCCCCCGGACCAAUAGGCGACCUAUCUCAAGGACUCCAGCAAAAAAAAGAAGCGAGUUCUCGAGCUACGCUUCCUUAAAAUUUUCUUAUCACCUAAUGAAGGCCAAUCCACUAGCAGACGACCUUCUGAAUUUACUUAACAAGUUCUUGGAGACCAACGUCUUUUCAUGGAUCGAGGCUGUCGCUAGGAAUAGGAACCUCAUGCCACUCAUCCGCACUGCGAGGAACUUGAGAGUGUAUUUGAAAGCCUGCUCCAGUCAGCGGCCGCCGCUUGCUACUGAUUUACAAAGGGUGGAAGGUUGGAUAACGGACUUAAUCAGGAUCUCGGCAAAGUUUUCUGAUGCUCUCAUCAGCCUACCGUUAGCGGUAUACUCGCUGAUACCCCCUUUCUGUCCCUUAGAAACGACAGUCCGCAAGACUGCGGGUUCCGGACAAAAGAUCUCUGUUAUUGGAAUGUCAGACACUUCGUGGGAUGAUCGACUGUCAUGCAUUGCUUUCCAUCAAGGCCAGACUAGCGCACUCUGCCACGGAAACGAGUUUUUCGCGGUGGGUUUGAGAACCGGUCAAAUCUUUACGUACUACGUGACGACGUGUCAGGAAUAUAAGAAGUUUGAUCAUGGAGAGGCGGUCAUGUUCCUGCAGUUCGGAACCAAGGCUAACUUACUCGCCUCAUGUGGGUUCAAGAAGGUUUUGGUAUGGGACAUCCAGAACGGUCAUAUUCUUUAUAAUUUUGAAGUGCCAGGUAGGCCUAUAGGUCUUACAUUCGACGAAUAUUUCCUGAUUAUUCCAACGUACAAAAAUUACUUGGCAUCUUGGGAUCUGAACAACAAUGGCGCUAGGCAACCAGACAGGCCGUGGAAUGACGCAGGCGACAAGUGCACGCGGUCAAGGCGGGUUCCAAGUGCGAUCUCGAUCUCCUUCGGACAUAGAAUGCUUGCAGUCGCAUACAGUGGGCGGCCGAUUGCUCUCUGGGACCUAGAAGAGGACGUUUAUUAUGGUUCUUGCGGCAAAAAGCUCGCUGACGGUGGAACGAGCACGCAUCCGGUGACAGCCCUGGUAUUCAAUCCCAACCCAGCUAUUGAUCUACUUGUUGCAUCAUACCUUGAUGGUGAGCUUGUUCUUCUCAAUCCAUUUGACGAUCAAACCUUGGAAAGUCAUCGCGCGAAUUGCCACACGCUCGCUUGCAGUUCGGACGGACGCCUGCUUGCGGGAAGUGCUGGAUUUGGAGCAAUUCAAAUAUACGAAUUCGAUACUCUCACGUUGCUUUACCGAGUCCAAGCCUCGAGUCUCCACGUAAAACAGCUGUCUUUCAGCAUUGACAGCCUGCACUGUGUCGAUAUUAGAGGAUCACAAUGCAAUGUCUGGGAGCCGCCGGUGCUGCUUCGAGGCUCAGUCCGUGAUGAUACGAGCGAAAGCUCAUCACAAUCGUUUGUAGAAGCGAUUGCCACGGACAGAAAGGUCAGGAUCAGUGCUAUAGCAGUGCACUAUGACAGCGAUGUUGUCCUAUGCGGCCGUGACGAUGGAUCUGUCUCACUGUACGACGCGAGAACUGGUUCUAGGAAGCUUGGAAUCUGCCGUCACAACUCAUCAGUUCGCAUCUUGAAAUGGUGGACUCAACAUGACUUAGCUAUAAGCGUUGAUGUAUCAAAUAAGAUACUCGCCUGGCAUGUGAGAAAACCAGCUCAAGGCGAAUGGGUCGCCGAGAGAAUGGCAUUUCAGUUCCGACUAGAGUCCGGCAGUUCCAUCGUUCAAGUUCUCACCUCGGAAGCAACUGGGAAGUUCAUUCUAUCAACACGUGGAUCGGAUCAUCUUUGGCAAGUUGAUGGUCACGAGGAGGAUUCACGAAUAUAUUCCGAUUGGUCAGGCGUGCGAAAAUGGGUUCAGCAUCCGCGCUCAGCACACCACGCAAUUUGCUUUGAAAGUACAGCUGCCCGUGUGUAUACAUGGGAUAAGUGGUCCCAGGUUGUAUCCGUGUCACUUGACAUCAGUGUGCGAGAGCUGGAGUUUAAGAGCAUCAACCAAUUUGCGUUCCAUAGUGCAAAGUGUGUUCUCAUUGAGUUGUCCGAAUCAGGCGGCCCAGCGAAGACUCAAAACCUAUAUCUUAUGGACGCACAAUCCUUCGAAGUCAACAAUAAAGACAACGUCGAGGAUGCCAUCUCAGUAUCACCAGCGCUAGACGACGCUCUAGCGCCAUUAUCAAUAGUCAAAGGUCAAGGCGUGCCGGAAGGUGAGUCUCUGGUUUCACCAGUGGAGCCAAGGCUCGCCCUUCUGUCACAGAGGGUCGCACAUGUUAUUGGAAUCUGCGACUCCAGUAGACUGGUCUUCCUCGACACCGGCUGCUGGGUAUCUUCUGUGAGCCUGGAAAACCGAACACCUGAUAUAACAUCGUACAGCAGACAUUUCUUCAUCCCGUACGACUGGGUCGCGGGGUCGAGGGACGUAAUUUGCGCCGUGCUUCGGCGGGAUAUCCUCUUUGCACGCAAUGACGAUCUCGUGAUUAUCAGGGGUGGAUUCGAUUUUACGGCAGAGAUUUACCUGCAGGAGUAA